AUGUUAUACAAACUCCUCCAACUAGCUGUUUCCCCAUUCACGAUAACGUACCAAUUGGUACAUUUUUUGGUCUACAACACUACUUAUUUACCAUUAAUCUACCUUCUUUCCAUAUGCAUACUUAUUCCAUUCAAGAUCCCUUUGAUACCGCUUCAAUACAUUUUUGAACUAAACGAACAUUCGGGGACACCGAUAUUAGGGCAAAAGAGUCAGGACCCGUUGCGCCAUGAUGCAGAGUGGAUGAUUAGUCAGUUUGAAAUGUUUUCAGUUACCACUUUCCAUUUCUUGAUGUGUUCGAUAUAUAUUGGACUUGCGGUGGGGCUUGCAGCUGGGGUCAAUUUGAGUGUGAUCUCUUGGUUUUUGACAUUAAAAGUGAGUACUGAUGAGAUCCUUGUUGAGGACAAAUUGUCUCAGUUUUCAUCGCCACCUCCAGUUAAAGUUGGUAAUAGUACAGCUAAUGGUGAUAAUGUCAAGGUGAAGCAAGAAACAAAGCCCGUUUUCGACGACGAGUGGGCGGAAAUGGAACGAAGGGAGAAGUUUGCAUAUUUGGAGCACCUCAAAAGAAGUGAGCAUGAACUGACAAUGAAACGACAGAAAUUGAUUGAGGAAAGAGUGAAGGAGAAGAUGAAGGUGAAGGAAGAGAUGAAGCAACAGGAUUUGAGCAAGAACAAAAUUGCAGCUAAACCUCGGCUGAGUCUGAUAAAGUCUGGAUUUGGGCCUGGGCCUCAAGAGCGGGAAUUAAUGAAUGAUGUAGAUGAUGAUGAAGUGUUUGUUUACCCAACACCCAAGAGUGAUUUUGAAAUGAACCCUUUGACUUCUACGCAAACGGCAAUGUUACGUAAUAGAUUGAAACGGGAUAGACGAGGAUUGCAAAAACUGAAAAAGCCAAAUGUAAGUUUUGAUUUGAAGCCAAAAGAAGGAGAAACGGAUAAAGAUUAUGGUAGUGGUAAUGGGAAUAAUAGUGGUGGUGGAAGUAGUUAUCGAAUUCAAGAAAUAGUUGAGCUACCGGAAACAGAAACUACGAGUGCUACCGAGUCAAGUAGUGAUAUCAAGAGCAGUAAUACUGGUGCGCCAAGUACAACAAGUAAUAUGUCAUUGGGCACUGGGAUAGUGUCGUUAGGAAGUGAGACAAGUGUCGGGUUAAGUGACAUUAGUGAGGAAGGGGGCACUACCACUGGUGAUAGUGAAACUUUUGAAAGCUAG